AUGGCUCGUUCUUGGAAGCCCGUCUUCUGGGCCCUUUUCCUGCUGGUACAGCUGGGCAUCGCGUCGUCCGUGGCCGAGAAGCUUGGCUUCGCAGGCAAGGCUGUUGCCGACCUCAGCCUCGAGGAGCUCGACGAGCAGCUGCAGCAAUGCCCCGUAGUCCAGAGCCUCACGGCCGAUAAGCUGUCCAAGCUGAACGACACCCCCUCCCUUCUCUCGCGCGCUUUCGGCGUCCUCUUCCCCGGCUCGCCCGCCGUCAACGCCAUUCUCGCCACCCUCUACAUCUCCGGCCCGCCCAACUUCCUCUUGGCCCUGUGUCCGCCCAACAUCGACCCCUCCUCGCUCUCCGUCAUGGUCGCCUUCGCCGUCGGCGGGCUCAUGGGCGACACCCUCUUCCACCUGCUGCCCGAGAUUUUCCUCGGUGAGGAUGAGCCCGAGCGCGCGCGCCUCGUUCUCGUCGAGCCGAACCGCAACUUGCUCCUCGGCGUCGCCAUCCUUGUCGGCUUCAUGACGUUCGUGGCCAUGGACAAGGGCCUGCGGAUUGCCACCGGCGGGGCGGGUCACUCCCACGACCACGGCGGGCACUCUCACGCUGAGGCAAAGGCCGAGGGUGUGUCGUCGGCCGUGGAGAAGACGGGCGAGCUCAAGUCGCGGAAGAAGAAGGCCAACAGCGCCGGCCCCACCGGCGGCGCGGCGGACAAGACGGACAAGGAGAUGAACCCCAGCGUCAAGCUCGCAGGUUACCUCAACUUGAUCGCCGACUUCACGCAUAACAUCACCGACGGUCUGGCCAUGUCAGCUAGCUUCUACGCCUCCCCAACCAUCGGCGCCACCACGACGGUUGCAGUCUUCUUCCACGAGAUCCCUCACGAGGUCGGCGACUUCGCUCUGCUGGUGCAGUCCGGCUUCAGCAAGAAGGCGGCCAUGGGCGCGCAGUUCGUGACCGCGCUCGGCGCACUCCUGGGAACCCUCAUUGGCAUCGCCGUCCAGGAGCUCGGCGGCGGCUCCGGCGACGGCACCAUGGCGCGCAACGCGGGGCUGUGGGGAACCAGCUUGACCUGGGGCGAUAUGCUUCUUCCCUUCACGGCGGGUACUUUCCUCUAUGUGGGCACGGUUGCCGUCAUUCCCGAGCUGCUGGAGACGGGCCCGAACAAGAUGGCCGAGCUACGUAAGACGCUGGUGCAAUUCGCCGCCAUCGCUGUGGGCGCCGGCAUUAUGCUGUACAUUUCGUGGCAUGACUGA